AUGACCGAACCUCCUCAAGGUCUCGCUCACGGCGACUACACUGUCGGCUGGGUAUGUGCUCUACCGGAAACUGAGCUGGUGGCCGCCAUGGCCAUGUUGGACGAAAAGCACCCAGUCCUUCCAGCGGCCGAUCCAAAUGACUCGAAUUCGUACGUCCUUGGAAGAAUCAGUGAUCACAAUGUCGUGAUUGCCUGCCUGCCAGCAGAAACAACGGGCAAGGUGUCUGCUGCCUCUGUUGCGAAAGACCUAAUCCGCAGCUUCCCAGCCGUUAGAUUCGGGCUCAUGGUCGGAAUUGGGGGUGGGGCCCCGUAUUAUGGUGCAAGAGGAAAUGAUGAUCGAGCGACAAAUGAUAAGGAAGAUUCCGAAGACACUGAAGAGUCCGACGAUGAUCUGGAAGUUAUCCGAGACAUUCGACUCGGUGAUGUCGUGAUAAGCCUUCACUCCAAGUCUUCAGAUGCUGUCGCACAGCAUAGGUUGGAAGGGCACAACAAUAUCUCCAAAACUCAGAAUUUGUUCAUCCGUUGGGGAAGAGGACGUGUAAGACCUGUCGCAGCCUGA